AACUCUAAAACCCUCCCGCCUAAUUCUUAAACCUCAGUUUUUCUGCGUAAAUUAGCAAACAUUAGGAAAAAUGACGAGGAUAGCGCAAGCUCCGAUUCAAUUCACAAAACAGCCCUACAUUGAAGAUGUCGGCCCCCGCAAAAUAGAAAGUAUUCAGUUUUCUACAUUCGGAGAAUCCGAGAUUCUGAAAGCAGCUGAAGUACAAGUAUACCGCGGUGUAUAUUAUGAUUCUGCGAAAAAGCCUUGGGAGAAUGGCUUAUUAGACCCUCAUAUGGGCCCCGCAAACAAGAAUGGAAUUUGUGAAACAUGCCAUGGGAACUUUAGGGAAUGUCCAGGGCACUAUGGAUAUUUGACUCUUGCUCUUCCAGUUUACAAUGUUGGAUACUUGAUUACUGUCCUCGACAUCUUGAAGUGCAUUUGCAAGCAAUGUUCACAUGUGCUUCUCGGGGAGAAAGAACGCCUUAACUUUCUAAAGAAGAUGAGAAAUCCCAAAAUGGAGCCCUUGAGGAAGAGCGAGCUACAAAAAAUGGUAGUGAAGAGGUGUAAUGCCCUAGCAAGUAGCAGAAAAGCAGCUACUUGUUCUAGAUGCGGCUAUGUAAAUGGUAUGGUGAAAAAGAAUACUAAGAUGUUAGGCAUCAUGCAUGAAAGGACAAAAGUCAAUGACAGUUUCUUAAAUGAAUAUGGUUCUGCAAUUUCACACACGAAAGAGUCUAACACAUCCAAUUUUAGUGUUCCCGAUGAAAUUGACCCUAAAGUGGUUUAUUCCCUUCUCAAGAGAAUGCUGGAUGAGGACUGCGAGUUGCUGUAUCUAAAUGAUAGACCUGAGAAACUCAUGAUUUCAACCAUUCCUGUGCCUCCAAUAGCUAUUCGUCCAUCAGUUUUUGUGGAUGGUGGUAUGCAGAGUAACGAGAAUGACACUACAGAGAGACUAAAACGCAUUAUCCAAGCUAAUGCUAGUCUUCGUCAAGAAAUAUCAGACACAAGCCUUCCAUCCAAAAGCUUGAAUGGUUGGAUUGAUCUGCAAGUGGAGGUUGCACAAUAUAUAAAUAGUGAUGUACGUGGAGUUCCCUUAUCUGCACCAGCUACCAAACCUUUAAGUGGUUUUGUCCAGCGUCUGAAAGGGAAGCAAGGAAGAUUUCGUGGAAAUCUAUCAGGAAAACGUGUUGAGUAUACAGGAAGAACUGUUAUAUCUCCUGACCCAAAUUUGAAAAUCACGGAGGUUGCGGUUCCUAUAUUGAUGGCUCAGAUUUUAACGUAUCCUGAGCGAGUGUCCUAUCAUAAUAUAGAGAAGUUGAGGCAAUGCGUGCGAAAUGGGCCUAAAAAGUAUCCUGGAGCAAAAUACAUCAGGCAGCCAGAUGGUACCGAGAUAUCAUUGAAGUUUAGUUCUAGAAAGCGUCAUGCUGAUGAAUUGAAAUUUGGUUACAUAGUUGAUCGUCAUCUAGAAGAUGGAGAUGUUAUUCUCUUUAACAGACAACCGAGUCUGCAUAGAAUGUCCAUCAUGUGUCACAGGGCAAGAAUAAUGCCAUGGCGAACAUUGAGAUUUAAUGAGUCCAUCUGUAACCCAUAUAAUGCUGAUUUUGAUGGUGAUGAGAUGAAUAUGCAUGUGCCUCAAACAGAGGAGGCUCGCACAGAGGCGCUAAUGUUGAUGGGAGUGCAAAACAAUUUAUGCACUCCAAAAAAUGGAGAGAUUUUGGUUGCUUCCACACAGGACUUUUUGACAUCUUCAUUUCUCAUUACAAGGAAGGACACAUUUUAUGAUCGUGCUUCUUUUUCACUUAUGUGUUCAUACAUGGGGGAUGGGAUGGAUCAGAUUGAUUUGCCAACUCCUGCACUACUUAAGCCAGUUGAACUUUGGACCGGUAAACAAUUGUUCACUGUACUACUGCGUCCAUUUGCAAAAAUGAAAGUCUAUGUGAAUCUAACUGUUGCUGAAAAGAAUUACCAAAAGCCGAAAGAAACCAUGUGCCCGAAUGAUGGAUUUGUUUGCUUCCGUAAUAGUGAGCUGAUCAGUGGACAAUUGGGAAAAGCUACAUUAGGGAAUGGGAACAAGGAUGGUCUUUAUUCGGUCCUCCUAAGGGACUAUAAAUCACAUGCUGCUUCAGUAUGUAUGAAUCGCUUAGCAAAGUUGAGUGCAAGAUGGAUAGGGAAUCAUGGAUUUUCUAUCGGCAUUGAUGAUGUGCAACCACCUGAUCGUCUAAUUACUGCAAGGGAUGAAAAAAUUUCCACAGGAUAUGCAAUGUGUGAUGAAUUAAUAGAGAAGUAUAACAAGGGUGCGCUUGAGCUGCAGCCAGGUCAUGAUGCUGCACUGACACUUGAAGCUAAAAUAACAAAAGUUCUAAAUGACAUUCGAGAUAUUGCUGCCAAGGAAUGUUUGACGUGUCUGCAGUGGAGGAAUAGUCCUCUAAUUAUGUCACAAUGUGGUUCAAAGGGAUCUCCUAUAAAUAUCAGUCAGAUGGUUGCAUGUGUUGGACAACAAUCUGUCGGGGGUCGUCGGGCUCCAAAUGGUUUCAUUGAUCGUAGCCUUCCUCAUUUUCCCAGAAAGUCAAAGAUCCCGAAGGCGAGAGGGUUUGUGGCAAAUUCAUUUUAUAGUGGUUUAAGUGCUACAGAAUUCUUUUUUCACACAAUGGGAGGAAGGGAAGGCCUUGUGGAUACAGCGGUUAAAACUGCUGAUACUGGAUACAUGUCUCGUAGACUCAUGAAAGCUUUGGAGGACCUUUCAAUUCAAUAUGACAACACUGUCCGAAAUGCUAGUUCUUGUAUAGUUCAAUUUGUUUAUGGUGAUGAUGGCAUGGAUCCCUCACAAAUGGAAGAGAAGAGUGGACAUCCUCUGAACUUUGACAGAUUACUUAUGAAAGUGAAGGCCAGCUGUCCUGCCGGUGAUCAGAAGAGCUUGUCCCCAUCGGAUAUCUGCAAAAAGACUGAUGAAAGGCUCUCAGAACGUGAUAUGACUCCCGAAGGCGGGUGCUCAGAGGCUUUCAGAGACUCUUUGUCCAAGUUCCUUAAAGUCAAAUGUGUUCAAAACUUGGAAAAAACAAUUGAAAGUUUGAAAGCCCAGGAAGAUCAACAGGAAGAAGACCAUAACAGCUCUUUCGAAAAUAUCUCUUCAAAUAUAUCCGGCUUUACUUCUAGGCAGCUGGAGGUGUUUUUAAGAGUCUGCAUCUCACGUUAUCAUACCAAAAGGGUAGAAGCUGGAACUGCAAUUGGUGCAAUUGGAGCUCAGAGUAUUGGAGAACCAGGCACACAGAUGACGCUAAAAACUUUUCACUUUGCUGGAGUUGCAAGCAUGAAUGUUACACUUGGAGUCCCACGUAUAAAAGAAAUUAUAAAUGCAGCUAAAAGGAUUAGUACUCCAAUCAUUUCUGCAAAACUGGAGCAUGAGGACAAUGCAAAGGAGGCUAGCCUUGCAAAAGCUCGUAUAGAGAAAACACUUUUAGGGCAGGUAGCCAAAAGUAUAAAGAUUGUCAUGUCGGCGAGGUUAGCAUCCAUAGUAAUUACACUUGAUAUGGAAAUAAUACAAGCAUCUCGGCUUUGUACAGAUGCUUAUAGAGUGAAAGAAUCGAUUCUGCAGACACCAAGAAUCAAACUGAAGGAUCAGCAUGUUAAGGUCUUGAAUUCCAGAAAGCUGGAAGUAGUUCCCCAGACUGACAGAAGUAAACUUCACUUUGAGCUCCACGCACUCAAGAACAAGCUUCCUUCAGUGGUUGUCACAGGAAUCACCACUAUUGAACGUGUCGUAAUUAAUAGUGAAGAGAAGAAGGAUUCUGGAGGAGGUCCCAAGUACCUCUUGUUUGCAGAAGGGACAGGUCUCCUAGGUGUAAUGGGCACUGAAGGAGUAAAUGGCUAUGAAACCAAAAGCAAUCACAUCAUGGAAGUGCAGCAGACGCUUGGAAUUGAAGCUGCAAGAAGUUCGAUAAUUGAUGAAAUUAAGCAUACCAUGUCUAGUCAUGGAAUGACUAUAGACAUACGUCAUAUGAUGCUUCUGGCAGAUCUGAUGACAUUUAAGGGCGAAGUUCUUGGUAUUACAAGACAUGGUGUUCAGAAAAUGAAAGAUAGUGUGCUAAUGCUGGCUUCUUUUGAGAAGACAGCAGAUCACCUUUUCAAUGCUUCUGUAAAUGGACGGGAUGAUAAGAUUGAAGGAGUAAGUGAAUGCAUCAUUAUGGGAAUACCAAUGCAGUUAGGCACUGGGAUGCUUAAAGUGAGGCAAAGAGUGCAGCAGGUGGAGCUGAAUUAUGGGUUGGACCCAAUCCUGUCCUAAACUUGUUUUCGUGGUGAGACCAGUAUGUUGUGCUACAAAUGUGCAAAAAUGAUCGUAAUUUCUCAAGACGACGUCAAUGUUGAAGGAACUGGACAGAAAAUUUUCUGAGCGAGCAUUAACCUUGCGGAUUGCUGUGCAUGUUCUUUGGCCCAUUUUUCUCCUCUUAAACAGAAAAGAUUGAGGAUUAUAGAAUAGUAGACUAUUCGGUAGACCUGUCCAUUCCCAUAGCAUAGUGAGGUUUGCCCCGAAAGGGCAGAAAUGACAAUUGUGCCAACAAUGUACAAACUGUUGUAUAUAUUGUAAAUACCAAAUCACCCGUUGUAAACCAUAGGCAAAACUUGAG